GCCUCCCCUCCUCAGGCUCCGGAAUCGGGCGUGGGGGCGUAUCCGGCUUCGAGGAGCCGGCCUUCGAGCUGAAGGCGGGAAAAUGGCGGAUUCCUCAGGGCGCGGUGGCGGGAAGCCGUCAGCAGCAGGUUCCAAUACCCCCAGUGGCGCCAAACCAAAAGGAAAAAGAGUACAAGGUGGAAGAAUGGUUGAACCCAGAUAUUUGCAGUAUGAGAAGAAAACAACCAAAAAGGUUCCUGCAGCAGAUGCAUUAAAAGCCAGUGGGAAAAUGCCAGAAGUUGGAAAGAAGCCCAACCUGCUCCAGAAAAGCAGAGGCACUUCAGAUUUGAGUGGGGUUGGCAAGAGUGACCUACAGUCCACCAUGCUGGAAGGACACGGGACCGCCCCACCGGACCUGGAUCUUUCUGCUAUCAAUGAUAAAAGUAUGAUCAAAAAGACUCCACAGUUAGAAAAAACGAUGUCACAGAAAAAUGAUUCAAGUUCGUUUUCUUCCUCGCGGAAGAAGAGCCCAGAUUUAUCCGAAUCGAUGGACAUGAUGGAGUCACAGACAUUGCUUCUCACACUGCUGACCAUCAAGAUGGAGAACAGCCUCGCCCGGCUGGAGGACAAGGCGGAAAACAAUCUUUUGACCAUGUGCCGAGAGCAGGAGAAGCUCCAGAAAAAGGUGCAGGAGCUGAGGCGCAGAUGGCUCCUUGGGCAGAGGACAAGGGAGCUGGUGGGCACGCUGGAUGCGCAGGCUGAGCUGCUCAGCCCCUUUGAGGCAGUCGCUGGAAGCUUUAAGGAGCAGUACAAGACCUUUGCAACAGCCCUUGACUCCACGCGGCACGAGCUGCCUGUGACAGCAAUCCACCUGGAGGGCGGCAGCCAGCGGUUCCUGGAUGACCUACAGAAGGAGCUGGCCACCACACACUAUCUGCUGGGUGAACUCGGAGCCAACCACUCGGAGGAGAGUGUGAAGGUGCUAGACUUCCUGAGUGAACUCAAGGACGUGACUGCAAAGAAGGACCUGGAGCUCCGAAGGAGCUUCGCCCAGGUGUUGGAACUUUCUGCAGAAGCGAGCAAAGAGGCCGCCUUAAUUAACCAGGAUGUCUGGGAAGAGGCCCAGGACCCUGUGGCCGUGAGCCGGUGGUACUUCUACCACGAGGGUGCCGGCGGGGAGCCCCAUGGAGGAGACCUUCAGAACAGGCCCCUCCUGGUCAACAAUGAGCCAUGUGCACCGUGACCUCACACACUAGGCAGCAGCGCUAACCCAGGGGUCGCUGGGAAGAAAGCCAUCCUGUGCUGCUCACCUGGGGAGAUUCAUGAAGUUGUCCAGCAAACUUGAGCACUUUAUCCACUUGUUGUAGCUACUUUUGUAUGAUUGUUUUGUUGUAUAUUUAACAAUAAAGCUAUUUU